CUAGUAAAUUGAUGAACCAGUAACUUAAAUGAUCGGUCCGGUUUUCAGAACGUUGCUGGUUACGUUUUGUCUUUCACCUGGUCUGUUGCCUGCCACCCCAGCUGAAUCUGUGAUCCAAUCACCUCACCUAUGGCCGUCGAUGACAAGUGGUGCGUCGUCACCGGAGGUCGCGGCUUCGCCGCCCGCCACCUGGUGGAAAUGUUGAUCCAAGACAACACCUACUUCGUUCGCAUCGCCGAUCUGGGAGCCACUAUCGAACUCGAACCAUCCGAACAACUCGGGACACUAGGCCAAGCCUUGAGCUCUGGUCGCGCCCAAUACGUCUCUCUCGAUCUUCGUAACAAGGAACACGUCCUCAAAGCAUUGGAAGGUUGUGAGAUUGUUUUCCACAUGGCUGCUCCAAACUCAUCCAUUAACAACUAUCAGCUUCAUCAUUCUGUCAAUGUCCAAGGAACACAGAAUGUCAUUGAUGCUUGUGUUCAACUUAGAGUGAAGCGGCUUGUUUACACCAGCUCAUCUAGUGUUGUAUUUGAUGGCGUUCAUGGAAUUCAUAAUGGAAAGGAAUCAAUGCCCUAUCCACCUAAGCAUAAUGAUCAUUAUUCUGCCACUAAAGCUCAGGGUGAGGCUUUGGUUUUGAAGGCUAAUGGAACUAGUGGGCUCCUGACUUGCUCGCUACGUCCUAGUAGCAUUUUUGGGCCUGGUGAUAGACUGAUGGUGCCUUCGGCAGUUGAUGCUGCCAAGGCAGGGAAAACCAAGUUCAUUAUUGGUGAUGGCAAUAACAUGUAUGAUUUCACUUAUGUUGGAAAUGUGGCUCAUUCCCAUUUAUGUGCUGACCGAGCUCUAGCUUCAGAGGGGGAAGUUUCAAAAAAAGCUGCAGGAGAGGCAUAUUUCAUAACAAAUAUGGAACCUAUAAAAUUUUGGGAAUUCAUGUCACUUAUUCUAGAAGGUCUCGGAUAUGAAAGGCCAAGAAUAAAGAUCCCUGCCUUUGUUCUCAUGCCAAUUGCACUAUUGGUGGAGUAUACAUAUAAGCUGCUAGGUCCAUAUGGUAUGAAGGUGCCUCAGUUAACACCUUCAAGAGUAAGACUCCUAUCUUGCAACAGAACUUUUGAUUGCUCAAAAGCAAAGGAGCGCCUUCGAUAUGAACCCAUUGUAACGCUAAAGGAGGGUUUGCAGAGGACGAUUAAUUCAUUUUCACACUUGAGGGCUGAAAAUCAACUUAAGGCCAAAAGAGAAGGGGCCUCGAAAGCUUCAAUAUAUCUUGGGAGUGGAAGAGUUGCUGACACAUUGCUUUGGAAGGACAGAAAGCAAACGUUCACCACAUUGUUAGUCUUGAUUGCAAUAUACUUAAGCUUCAUUGCACCCGGGAAUACUUUCAUUACUGCUCUCUCAAAUCUUCUGUUGUUUGCAUCGAUCUUUUUAUUCAUUCAUGGGAUUCUACCGGCAAAGAUAUUGGGGUACACUGUUCAGAAAAUGCCCAAAUCCUGGUUUCACUUAUCAGAAGACAUGUCACAUCAACUUGCUGUCUCCGUGGUAUCAGUAUGGAAUAUUCCUAUGAAUGUUUUGAAAUCCCUUGCACAAGGGACCGAGUGGAUGCUAUUCUUUAAGGUUGUUUUCUCUUCGCUCCUUCUUAGCUUCUUUGGUGCAUUUUCACUUCAGAACUUAUAUAAGAUAGGACUUACCACUGCAUUUAUUGCUUUCUACAUUUAUGAAAAGAAGGAGGAAGAAAUUGAUGACUUAUUCAUAAAAGCACUUUCUUUUGGAUGCAAAUUGAAAUCUGAUGCCAUAAGGAAGUUCCUUCCUUCUAAGAAGAGUGACUGAUAGCUUGUAACCCCUAGUUUUUUCUUGGAUAAGGGGGGGAUGAGCACUAUCUCAAGUUGUGUAUGCUGUGGAGUUCAUUGUAUGAUUGUACAAUACUGGGAUUCUUUUAUUUAUAUUCAACUAACCUAUAAAAUCUUAGUAUUUAUUUGUUAAAAAUUCUUAAGCUGGUUUGGAAUUCAAAAUUAGAAUGCGUAGCAAUUUCUCUACUAGAGACAUGAUGUAGCAUUCUUGGACUAGAAAAUGCAUAGUUUGAUUAGU